AUGGGGCCCGUGGCCUCCUUCGAGGACUCGUGCCACAACGACUAUGGGGUGCCGGGCUACAAGUAUUCGCACAUGGGCUACUGGAGCCGCUACCUGCGCGCCAGCGGCGGUGACGCCUCCCUGCAGAAGUGCGCGGAGCAAUGCGAUAGAGCUGGCUUCCCCUGCAUCGGGUUCCACAUGUACGAGGACGGUGCAGCCAGGCACUGCUAUGUGUACUCCCAGGAGCGGAGCUUCCAUACCACCAUCCAGGACGCUCGGAACAAGGCCUUCAUCCGCUGCAAGGUGCCCUCCUGGCGGAACAACGACCAAGGCCUUAGCUUCGAGCACUUUGAGGAGAAGUGCGACGCGGGGCCCUCGGUUUCGCGAUUUCGCGGCGGUGUUACUUCGUAG